AUGAGAUUUGUUAGAACUAUCCAAGGAAAAUGUCAGAAAGACUCAGAAUUAAGAUUCACUGAACAUUUCUUAAAAAUUUUAGUGAUUGGAGACCAUAAAGUUGGGAAAACCAGCUUUGUUAAACGAUAUGUAGUUGAAAACGACUAUGUGGAUUUUCCAAUGAAGGUGAUCGAUUGGGAUAGUCACACACGUGUGAGAUUACAGCUUUGGGAUAUAGCAGGUAAGUCGCGCGUGAGGGGACUGAACCGAGUGUACUUCAAGGGAUCCAGUGGUGCAUUUGUUAUGUAUGAUGUGAUAAACGGGUCAACAUUGGAUCGAGCUCUGAACUGGAAACAUGAACUUGAUUGCCAAGUAAUGUUGAAAAAUGGCUGUCCAAUCCCUGCUGUUCUACUGGCCAAUACAUGUGAUGAGACUAAAUUGUGCCAGAGGAAUGCCUCUCUUUUGGAGAACAUCUGCCAGGAGAAGGGUUUUAUUGGAUGGUUUCAGACAUCAGCAAAGUAGAAUAUCAAUGUGGAUGAAGCUGCUAAAUUCCUGGUGAAGCACAUUCUCAAGACCAAUGAGGAGUCAGUGAAAGAAGAAGAGCACACCAUGCAGAUAAACCUGAAACAGCAGACAAAGACGAAUUCUGCCUGCUGCUGA